AUGGUUGACAACCAUUUAGCUGAGAAAGCGGAUUUUUCAAGCUUUGUUGCAGUGAUCGCUUGGUGUGCGAUUUUACUAUUCACUAUCGUAUGUGAAAUCAUUGAUUGGAUACGACACUUUGACAAACAUGGCAGAUUAAAGUAUCAGUUUUAUCAAACAUUCCUCUACGGUGACGGGAACGACAAAACGGACGAUGAAAAAAGGGAAUUGAUUGAAGCUGUUCGACAGAUAUCGCACAUCAGAUGGAGCGGUUUCAUCAGCGAUAAAAUUACGUCUUCUAAAUCUCCAGAUGAUCCAAGAGGAGAAGCUGUCACCGCAGUUGCUUCUGCCAUCUCUGAUCUACUCACGGACUUGGACCUCACAUUCUCGGAUCUGGCAGUUGGCCUGCUUCUUCUUCAGUGGCAGACGAAGUACUGGAUAGGCGGACAAAGUCGUGUGCCUGCGAAGUACGUGCUCAAGCAGACCGAUCCUGUCUUAACAGACUUGGCCGCUCCCAAUGACAAGAAGAAAAAGAAUCCGAUCGAUCAACUGAACAAGGAUUGGCUGCAUAUCUCAAGACUGAAGCGUUACUCGCACUUGGUCAAUGCGUCAUACGGGUGGAUCUAUUACUACCUGGAAAACCCCUGUGACUGCACCGCCUUAAAUCGGUUGUGCCAAAAGAUAUCGUGGAAAAAUCCUACAGCUCCCAAAAGGCAAGUCGACCUUGAGAAUGGCAUUGAUGGCCCGGGCGGGUGUAUGUGCGCCGGAUACAACUGCUACCUAGCCGCUUUCCUUGAAAUGACUCAGCUCGAAUGUGAUGACAUUCUCAUCUUCGAUAUAACUGACCAGUUCUAUGAUGCCACCGUGAUGCUGAUAAUCGAUGACGCCACGGAGGCGAUAGUGAUCAUCGUGCGAGGCACCCUCUCUGGCGACGACACCCUCGUGGACAUGGUUGCUGCAGGCGCCCCUCUUCGUAACGAGGACAAUGUUCUACCCGCAGACAAGCAGCUCAUUGGCCACGGUGGAAUGUGUCGAACCGCGCAGAACAUUGUCAGUCGAAUCAUCGAGGAGGGGUGGGUGGAGGCUGCACGACGUCUGAGGCCUCGCUACCCCGUGGUAAUUUGUGGUCACAGUCUGGGAGCGGGUCUGGUCUCCCUCAUGUCCGCGCUUCUGCAGCCCUCCUACCCCGAGCUGAAAGCCUACGCCUUCAGCCCGCCUGGAGGCCUCAUGAAUGAAAAUCUAGCGAGACACACUCGACCCUACCUGUGUUCGAUCACUUACGGCUACGACUGCGUCGGACGUCUUGGAAGUCAAACUUUGGAAGACCAACGUGCUCGAAUUUUCCACGCGUUGUGUGUGUAUAAGGUGCCCAAGUUUAUCGUCCUAGGCACUCAAAUGUGUCUCUCCCUUCUACGUUCCACCAAAAUCGAUCGUCUGCUGCCUUCUGAACGCUCCCUGAUGCGCUGGAAGAACCCCGAAUGCCAUCAACUGCUGUCUCUUCCGAGACCCUACCCUCGUAGUCUCUAUCCAAAAUCCCUAAAGGGAUCGGAGGUCAAACAGAAGUACACAAUUGACUGGAUGAUCAAGUCCCUGAAGAAUCCCGUUCCUUCCGGACGUCUGCUGCACAUCCUCGAAGUGGACAGUGACUUCGAGAUUAAGGGAGUCGAGCCGUAUCGAAAACGUGGAUACAAGCCCCCGCCAAUAGCACUUUGGGCCGACGCAAACACCUUCAACAGCCUUCUAAUUCACCCAAAAAUGUUGUUUAAUCACUCACCAAUUGCCGUGUCCACUGCCAUCGAUCGACUCUACAACAGCAUUGUCCAUCCAGAAAAGGUCUUCCACAAGAUCCACACCAACACGUGGCAUCGCGAAAUGGAACCUGUCAAGGGUAUUACGCGAAACCUUACUGAAAAAGAUGUCGAGAAGUUCAGCAGAGCCAGAAAGCUCAAAUGA